AUGCCGGAUGAUUGCUGCAACUGCGCUUGCUAUACUUAAACUUGUGAUUUCAACUUUCAGUUUUUACCAGUCUGCUCUUCACAUUUACUAAAAUUGACGUUUUAAUGUUUUAAUUCAAAGUCUAUUUUCUCUCUGGUACAAUUACAUGAGACAUGAGUUUGUCUGUCUGAUGGCAACAACGUCGACAAGUACGGGUAGUGGAUUUCACAUGUAUACGUACAAACUUGACUGGCCAAUUUUAAAAUAGUCGGCUGCUUUGUGCUUACUUUUUUGGUCCAUUCGAUCAGAAAAUUUUAAAAUAAUCAGAUUCCUGUGAGCUGUGCUCCGCAUCGGGUGACCUCACGUUGAGAAAUUUCCGUUUUCUAAGCCUUUAGUGCCAGAAUCUCCAAUCGUGGAAAGCCGAUUCCCGCAGACAAAAUGACGACUGCAGAAAACUGGAUCAGGCAUGGGAUUUUAUGUUUGGAGCGUUACUACUGUUUAAAUGAAGGAAUCUGUACAUACCAAUAUCACAAUGCUGCGGAAAAAUUCAUGUGGUGCAACUGUACAAAUGGAUUUGAAGGUGCUCGAUGCGAACUACAAACCGGCGAAAGUAGUGAACAACGAGUUGUUGGAGCUGGUUACCGUUUUUUUCUCGCCUUAAUCUUCCUUUUUCUCAUUAUCCUUGUUGUCAUCUUAUUGUGCGUAUUGUACCGGUACUGGAAAGCAGGAAAGUGUGUUCCAUCAAACAGCGAAUCCCCUCAGAAUAUGUCCCCAGAAGCAAAAGCGCCGACUGCAAACUCAUACCACUCUGGGAUCACCGGUCCCCGGGCGAUUGUGGAUGAAGAAAAGGAAUCUCUUUUGUCCGAAACAGUAGCUGCCGCAGUGCCGGCCCCUGUUCAGCGAUCGACAUCAUGCCCUUUACCUUCCCUGCUGCAGCACAGCCCGAUUUGGACGGACCAGCCUACAAAAUCUGGAAAUCUUGCGUCCGAUUGUGAUAAAGAUCGUAUUGAAGUGCACAACUGCUCUAAUAAGUCUUGCGAUCAUAAUCUCACGCUACUGAAAUUAAAAAAUACGGCGUGGAAGGUAGCCGGUCAUCCGGAACAUGUAAGCUCACCACCCGAUACUGUUUUGACCAUCGAGAUGGAUACCAUUGUAACGGAACAACAAAUUUCAACACCUAGCUGAAGUCGAGAUCGAAUAUGACGGCCUGGAUGUACUCGUGUAAUAAUUAACUUAGCACGACUUUUUGUUAGUGUUAACUUAGUUGGCCUUUUGCAUUUGUCACCUGCCCUUCAAGCACGUUUUUUGUUAUUUAUUUCGCUGUAUGUUCAUUUUACUGCACGGUGUGUCAAAUUCUGCAUAUUUGUUUAUAAGUUGUUAGAAUGUUUGCGCUUAUGAAAAACAA